CUGUAUUAUCUCCUUCCAUUUUCACCGUGUCUUUCUGUAUCAACCAAUCGCUUAUGCCAUAUCUCAUCUUUGCUCUGUCUAUCAUAAGCUACGACCAAACGCAUAUGUUGAUGUGAAGUGUUCCAAUUGUUCUGUUAUCCAUAUGGAUUCCAUUGUUAUGAUUAUGCUGAAGUUGGGUGGAAGUUGGACCAAUGACUAUAACUUCAACAGUAACCUCACCUUUGCUAUUCAAGUUCUUUACUCAUCUACAUACAAAGACUUUAUAGAGCAACUUUCUUCCAUAUUAAGUGAUUCUUACAAUGCAACAAGUGAGUUGAAGUUAUCUUACAUGGUUGAUGGUUGCCCUCCACCUGUGUAUAUCAAUGAUGAAGCCAGUUUCCGUUUUUUCCUC